GCCGGCUUGUGUUUGAAAAUGAAUGAUAUGCUGCUGCUUGAGUUGUAGACACAGAGGGCGGGCAGCAUUUUCCAGUUACACGACCAACUGAGAUCUCAGCGUUUAUUUUAGAGAAGAAGAACGUUUUUUUGGAGAAAUCAAACCAGGGGAAGAUCUCAUUUCCAGCAAUGCAAUUGAUCACGUGCGAGCCCACCACCAUGUCCGAGGCCGUGGUGAUGGAGCCUCCCAGAGAAGCCGCAUUCAUGGAGUCGUCCUGCGGCGCCGUCGACCUCGAUGACUGCGUGGUCGAUGCAGCCAACGAGUCCUCAGAGGAAGAGUCCACGGGGGAAAGGGAAGAGGACGAGCCCACAGACGUCCCUGCACAGCACACACAAACAGUGAGCGCUCAGCGUCCUGACUCGCUGUCAGUGGCGGCGGCAGCGGUGGGGGCGGAGCCUCAGGGCCUGUGGACAUCACAGGGUGAUGCUGAGGUCAAACUCCGGAUGGGGGAGUCGGGCAUGGCCGCUGAAGCUCCGCUAACCAUCCACCAGAUGUUCACCUCAGCUGUGGAACGCUUUGGUGGCUUCACGGCGUUGAGCUGGAAGGACGGCGAGCAGAUGAAGACCAUGAACUACGAAGAGUACUACCAGACCUGUCGCACCGCCGCCAAGAGCUUCCUGAAGUUGGGUUUGCAGCGUUACCAUGGUGUCGGCAUCCUGGGCUUCAACUCCGUCGAGUGGUUCAUCUCUGACAUCGGCGCCAUCCUGGCAGGUGGCUUUGCCGUGGGCAUCUACACCACAAACUCCCCCGAGGCCUGUCAGUAUGUGGCCGAGAACUGCAAGGCCAACAUCAUCGUGGUGGAGAAUCACAAACAGCUGCAGAAGAUCCUCCAGGUUGAAGACAAACUGCCACACUUGAAAGCAAUCAUCCAAUACAAAGAUGCACUGAAAGAGAAGAGACCAAAUCUGUACUCGUGGGCGGAGUUUAUGGAGCUGGGACGUGACGAACCAGACGCUCCCCUCGAUGCGAUCAUCGCCAGCCAGAAACCCAAUCAAUGCUGCACGCUCAUCUACACCUCAGGAACCACAGGACAGCCCAAAGGCGUCAUGCUGAGCCAUGACAAUCUGACGUGGACGGCGCUGUCCACCAGCCGACACGUCCAUCUGACGGAGGCCACCCAGGCGCAGGAGGCCGUGGUCAGCUACCUGCCUCUGAGCCACAUCGCCGCCCAGAUGGUCGACAUCUGGGUCUGCAUGAAAGUGGGAGGAGUCACGCACUUCGCUCAGCCCGACGCCCUGAAGGGUUCUCUGGUGAACACCCUGAAGGAGGUGCGUCCCACCGCCUUCAUGGGCGUCCCACGUGUCUGGGAGAAGAUGCAGGAGAAGAUGAAGUCUGUGGGCGCCAAGUCUUCCACCGUCCGCAGGAAGGUGGCGGCGUGGGCCAAAGACGUGGGACUGCAGACCAACCUGACCAAGAUGAACCAAAACGGCGCCGUCGGACGUCCUACUUUCAGCUACCACAUCGCCAAAAAGCUUGUGUUUAAGAAAGUGCGAAAAGCUUUGGGCCUGGAACGCUGCAACAAGUGCUUCACGGGCGCCGCUCCCAUCACCAAAGACACGCUGGAGUUCUUCCUCAGCCUCAACAUUCCUCUGUACGAGCUGUUCGGGAUGAGUGAGAGCUCCGGCCCUCACACUAUCUCUGUCCCAGAGGCCUUUAAGCUCACCAGCUGUGGUAAGGAGAUCCCAGGAUGCAAGACGAAGCUGCUAAACCCCGACGAGGAGGGGAACGGUGAGAUCUGCCUGUGGGGUCGUCACGUCUUCAUGGGGUACCUCAACAUGCCUGAUAAGACGGAGGAGGCUCUGGAUGCAGAAGGGUGGCUGCGGUCAGGUGACCUGGGCAAACACGACCACAACGGGUUCCUGUUCAUCACUGGAAGAAUUAAAGAGCUGAUCAUCACAGCAGGAGGUGAAAACAUUCCUCCGGUUCCCAUCGAGGACGCCGUUAAGGAGCAUGUGCCGCUGAUCAGCAACGCCAUGCUGAUCGGAGACAAGAGGAAGUUCCUGUCGAUGCUGCUCACCAUUAAGUGCCAGGUCAACUCUGAAUCCGGAGCCCCAGAGGAUGAACUGACCCCAGAGGUGGUGGAGCUGUGCAGGAAGCUGGGCAGCACCGCCACGCGAGUGUCGGAGAUCUGCGGAGGCCGAGACCGAGCGGUCCACGGCGCCAUCCAGGACGGGAUCAACCGAGUGAACGACAAGGCCACGUCCAACGCCCAGCGCAUCCAGAAGUGGAUCGUCCUGGACAAAGACUUCUCCAUCGUGGGCGGAGAACUGGGUCCGACCAUGAAGCUGAAGCGGCCGGUGGUUUUGAAAAUGUACAAGGAGCAGAUCGAGAACUUUUACAAAGAACUGGCCACUCCCACCACCCCCGACAACCCGCUGCCCCCCAAAUAAACCCCCUCAGGACCCGCCGGCCCUCAUCGCUCUCCCUCGUGUCCUGUUUUCUCUCCGGUGUAAAUGUUUGAGUUGCCUUAAAGCUUCAGUUCUUCAGUCUCCGUUUACAUUUAUGGACGUUUCAGAAAAUCAGAGAAGCCAUCGUACAGAAGCUUCAGCCGUGGACUGUGGAUGAAGUGAACCAGCUUUAUUCGUUUUACUGACACGAACAGUGACGUGACAGAUGAAGGAGCAGCAGCUGCGUACGAACAGCUGUUCAGUUGAUCCCACUGGAAUACUUGACAUAAAAGCUCGUUUUCAGGUUGAUUAAAGAUGUCUUUUUUUUGUUUGGGAUGUUUAUUUAUUUUAUUUUUUUGCCAAAGUCAAACUCAACUCGGGCCAAAUCAGCUUCAGACGACGUGGAAAAAUAUGACGUUCUUCAAUUCUAUCAAUGUUUCCUGUGUGGUUUUGUCGUCUUUAUCCACAUACUUUUACCGAAAAUAUCUGUUUAUUGUUAUUCAGAGUCAAAAGCUGCGAACCCUCCCAUAGCUGAACAUAGAAGUGUUUUUCAUGCUGUAAAAUGAACCCAUUGAAGCCAUAAAUAUUGCUUUUUUUUUGUGUGUGUAAUGUGUGACUGUAAUGGGAUGUCCGCUGUGCUCACAUACCUGCCUGGCUUGGUUGAAAUGUUUUCUUUUUGUGUGUAAAGUUGCUGAAAUCUUGUGUAAUAUUGUAAAUACGUUCCGCCUUCGUUCUCAUCUUCCUCACUCGUCUUUAUUUAUUUUAAUUUUCUCGCAUUAUUCAGCUCAUGUUGCAGGCGUGCAUCGAUCAGCGCGGGAGUUUUUGCACUUGAAGCGAGAUCAUAUCUUAUAAUAAUAAUAUAUCAGCUGCGUCACAAAGGCCUCACUGAUCUGUUGCAUCAAAUAUAUGAACGUGGAAACGCUCGCGCUUUUAUUGCGGUGACCUUCCUUUGAGACGAGGAUAUAUUUUAACAGAAGAGGUGAUUGGAAUCCAAAGAGCUGAUGUUGUAAAUGAAGUAACUGUACAGAAGUGUGGUUGAAAAUAAAAGGUUUGGGGAGAAACCGAAAGGAAAUGAUGUAACUUGAACAAACUGGUAAAUAUGGAAAUGAAGGUGAUGCAGUCGGUCUGGGGGGGAGGUCACCUGACGCUUAAUUAAAAAGCUCUUAAAUCAUAAUAUCGAAGUUUAGAUUUGGCUUUUUUUGUUUUUUUGUUUUUUUGAGACCAGAGUGACCUCAUGACCCCGGACGUAGACCUGGAUCUACCUGACCAUAACCAGACGCUGUUAUCAGACGAGACGAUGUUGAGGAAAAGCAUGAACCUAAAGCAGAAGUGACUGUGUACACUAUGAAUGUCUGUGUUGGAUCAGUUAUGGAAUAAAACUGAAUAAAUACUGAAAUACUGUCA